GUGGUAUAAUUUUCGUCAUUUGGGCAACAACGGACUGAUUAAAGUCUAUUCCUGGCACUCACGACCUUUGACAAGGGCAAUGGCGGGACAGCACCAUAUCCAUGUAUUAUUUUGUUUAGUCAUCAAAGCGUAUACACAGACAAUUGGUUUACACAUUUGCAGUGUGUAUAGUGCAAUAUGACGCAAAACAUUGACGUCAAUUUAUUGCGAACUAAAAAUAGGGAUCUAUUUCUGGUACUGAAACGCAAUAGUCUUCAAAAUAGUUGCGUGAUUGCUUCAAUUCAUUGCAUGUAUACUUGCUAUCCUCGCAUGACAGGGAAUUAAAGUUAUAUUUUUUUGCCGCUAACUCGUCACUUUUGUACGUGAACUGCUGUCUCUUUUUUGGGGAAAAAGAAAAAUCUGCUUGGCUUUUGUAUCGUGAACGAAUCCGUGUUUCAACCAUUUUAACCUGACUGGUCGGAUCUCGAGUUUCCGUAACUACCGUACUUCGUCAGUCGUUACAAAUUCUAUGUGAAAAUGAGUAAGAAUGCAGAAUUGCCAUAUUUUGGUCAUACGAAGAGAGACAACGGUUAUACCGUAGAUAUCGGUUCUAAUGCAACACAGACAGUUUACGAUGAUGCCUUCAAAGAUGAUGCAACUUCUUCGUAUUGGCCUCUCCUCGAUCAAGUCAGAGAAGCCACCAGAACCUCCUCCACACCCCUGCAGUUCUUCCGCAAGUUGCACAACAUCUUUCUAUUGUCAGCUCUGUGCACAAUCCUCAUCACAUUGUGGCCAACCAUACCAGUUUCUAUGGUUGUAAUGGGCGCUGUUUUUAUACACGACUGCCCUCUGGAGCCGAAAAUUCCCAUCUAUUUGCUCGUGACAGGAGCCUGCUAUUUUCCUCGCACCCUGCUUGAUGUCGUCGUCAGGUUCUGCCGGCCCCGGCAUCCCGAGGACGAGAAGUCAACAAUGUGCCGAGUUACUGUCGCUCUUCGACGAGUCCAAUUGUUCUUCCUAUUUGUAUUUAUGAUUGUUGGCAAUGUGUGGGUGUACCGGAACUACUCACCCAGUGAAGACCCAGACUCAGUGGACUACUGCUACGGGCCGCUGUACUACUUCACCUUUUGGCUGAUGACGGUCACGUACAUUGUCAUCGCUUCGGGUUGCCUGUGCAUGGUUGUCAUGACACUCUGCCUUAUUGGAUCUUCAUUCCUAGAGGAGAAGACGUAAGCUCGGUUAUAACCCGGCAGGUUAUGCACAAAGC